GUCACAGCAGAUUUGUUUUCUGUCAAAACUUAGUUGUGCGAUUUUUUUUGUUGUUUACCGGUGAAUUAUUUGUGUUUAUUAAGCGAAAAAUACGCAAAAACGCGAUAUUGUUAGCUACUUUUAUCAGCAAUAUAUCAUCCUAUCACCCAUUAAAUAUCAUCUUCAUCUCAUUCACAAUUAUUGUGCGUUUCCAGUUUAAGUUAAAUUGUCAUUGGAAGACGGUGCGCGUGAAUCGGCCUUCGUUCGGUGUAAAUAUUAUAAACAACAGAUUGAUAGUUGAUGCGGCACCAGUGAAAAUUUUCACCUCGACGAAUCAAUCCGUGUUGGCACAACCGCAGCAAAUACGAAACAUGGACCACAGCAAUGGUGUAGAUGGAUAUUCAGAUAAUCCACAUUUGAACGGGAAAAUCCGUGAUUGGCUGAAAUGGGACAAGAACGAGAAAACCAGACAUGAAAUCGAAGAUUUGGUGCAACGAUGCGAGUGGAAAACACUCGAAAAGCGUUUGGUAAAUCGAUUGACUUUCGGCACAGCUGGUCUGCGUGGUGUUAUGUAUGCCGGUUUCUAUGCAAUGAAUGAUUUGGUGGUUAUACAGUCAGCACAAGGGCUGCUCAAAUACAUACAGCAGUGUUUUCCGACUGAUAAGGAGCGAGAACGGGGCAUCGUUCUUGGUUAUGACGGACGAUACAAUAGUAAAAGAUUUGCCGAACUAACAGCAUGUGUAUUCCUCAACGCUGGUGUGCCAGUGUUACUGUUUAGUCAAAUGGUUGCUACUCCGUUCAUUCCGUUUACGAUUUUACAGAAGAAAUGUUUGGCAGGGGUUAUGGUGACAGCGUCGCAUAAUCCGAAAGAAGAUAAUGGCUACAAGGUCUAUUGGGGCAAUGGUGCCCAGAUUAUAUCACCACACGACAAAUUGAUUGAAAAAUCGAUUUUAGAAAAUUUAGAACCAUUUUCCACAUCAUGGAAUUUGGAUAUUUUAUCAUCCUCUUCACUCCUCACCGAUCCCUAUGACGAAAUGAUCAAAAGUUACUACGACAAGCUGACAGCAACUAUUCCAAAAGAUAUUUUAGAAACGAAUCACUCGAGUGAUUUCCAAUGCGUAUACUCGGCAAUGCAUGGCGUCGGAUAUGUGUACGUUAAAAAAGCAAUGGAGGCUGGCGAUCUUAAACCUGUGAUAGCUGUUAAGGAACAAAGUUAUGCGGAUCCUGAAUUCCCCACAGUUAAAUUCCCGAAUCCGGAGGAAGGAGCAUCGAGUUUAGAGUUGUCAAUGAAACUGGCUGAUUCGGUGGAUGUUGACGUGAUUUUGGCAAAUGAUCCGGAUGCGGAUCGGCUGGCAUGCGCAGAGCGUCACAAAGAUACCAGACAAUGGAAAGUAUUCACUGGAAAUGAAUUGGGUGCAUUGCUCGGCUGGUGGGCAUUUGAAUGUUACAAGAAAUUGAAUCCCAACGAGAAUUUCAGUGAUUGCUAUAUGCUGGCCAGUACAGUCAGCUCUAAAGUCCUGCGAGCAAUAGCCAACGUUGAAGGUUUUCAAUUUAUCGAAACUCUGACAGGAUUCAAGUGGAUGGGAAAUGAAUCGUGCAAACUGAUGGCGCAGGGCAAAUCAAUUGUUUUUGCAUUUGAAGAAGCCAUCGGUUUCAUGGUGUCACCAACUGUUCUCGACAAGGAUGGUGUUAGUGCCGCGUGUCAUUUAGCAUCGUUGGGCAGCUACUUGCGUCAUUCCAAUUUGUCGUUUAAUGAUAAAUUGAACGAAAUCUACAACCGAUACGGCUACCAUUGUACCAUCAAUUCGUAUUUCAUUUGCCAUGACCCGGAGGUUAUCUCGGCGAUUUUUACAAAAAUCAGAAACAGUGGAAUUGGAGAUAAGGUCACAUCCGACUGCAGUUAUCCAACGUCGAUUUUGAACGGAAAAUAUCGAAUAGAAUCAGUUCGAGACCUGACAACUGGCGUAGACACCUCACAGCCGGACAACAAAGCCACUCUACCGACCAGUAAAAGCAGUCAAAUGAUAACGUUCUCGUUCGAAAAUGGUGUUGUUGUCACAUUACGAACCAGUGGCACGGAGCCGAAAAUCAAAUAUUAUUCGGAAAUGUGUGGCAAGCCCCAAGACAAAAAUUGGGACGAACUUCGACAGAUACUGGUGGAAAUUGUCGAUGCCAUCGUUGACGAGUUCUUGGAACCGCAACACAAUAAACUAAUUCCGCGCGAUUAAAUUGAAAAUUUAAAUUUUCUUUACAUCAAAAUGUUCCUCAAUCUCAGCAAAAUUGUAACAGAAGAAGCUAAACGAAACCAUACGAAAGAAUGAAUUAAAAUGUUUGAAAAUUGA